AUGACAAACAAAUUCGAUGUGGAGGAUGUGCUUUCAAAGCUUAACAAUGUGGAAAAGGUUUCCUUACUAGCGGGUACUGAUUGGUGGCAUACCGCUGCCAUUCCCAAGUACAAUGUGCCUUCGAUUCGAGUGUCAGACGGUCCCAAUGGUGUACGUGGUACUCGGUUCUUCAACGGUAUCACAGCAGCUUGUUUUCCUUGCGGCACUGCUCUUGCUGCAACAUGGGACACUAAGCUCCUUCAUCGCGCAGGUGUUUUGAUGGGGGAAGAAGCGAAAGUAAAAGGUGUACAUGUGAUCCUUGGGCCCACCAUCAAUAUGCAAAGAUCGCCUUUAGGGGGCCGUGGUUUUGAAUCUUUCAGUGAAGAUCCUGUGUUAUCGGGAUUAGGCGCUGCUGCACUUGUUAAUGGUAUUCAAGAGACCGGUGUCCAAGCUACAAUCAAACAUUUUGUUUGUAAUGAUCAGGAGCAUAAUAGGAACGGUGUUAAUGUUAUAAUCACCGAGAGAGCCUUGAGGGAGAUAUAUCUGCUGCCAUUCCAAUUGGUGGUUAGAGAUUCGAAGCCGGCGUUAUUCAUGAGUGCUUAUAACAAAAUUAAUGGGACUCACGUUAGUGAAAAUCCAAGGAUCCUUAAAGAUAUCUUGCGUGGAGAAUGGGGCUGGAGUGGAUGUAUUAUGAGUGACUGGUGGGGCACAUACUCCACAACAGGUGCCAUCAAUGCUGGGCUGGAUUUGGAAAUGCCGGGGUCAACCAAGUGGAGAGGUCCAAUGUUGAUACAAGCUGUUAGCACUGGAAAGGUACCUCAACAUAUUCUUGACGAGCGAGCCAGGAAUGUGCUCAAUACUGUCAACCGUGCUGCAGAAGCGAAUGUUCCCGAAAAUGCGGAGGAAAAGACUGCCAAUACUCCAGAGACAGCUGCUCUUCUCAGAGAGAUAGCAGGUGACUCGAUUGUGUUGAUGAAAAAUGAGGGCAGCGUAUUACCAUUUCAAAAAGAUAAAAAGACUCUAAUUGUCGGUCCCAAUGCCAAAGUUGCGACGUUUCAUGGAGGCGGAUCAGCAUCCCUGGCAGCAUAUUACGCUGUCACACCGUUUGACGGUAUUAGUGCACAGCUGGAAUCAGCUCCAUCCUACACCGUAGGAGCUUACGCACACAAGGACCUCCCAUUGCUGGACUUAGUUCUCAAGACAGACAAGGGAGAAAGAGGUUUCUCUUUUCGAGCAUAUAACGAGCCACCAACAACUGAAGAUAGAGAGCUAGCGGAUGAGUUAAUACUCACCAAGACAGAACUUUUAAUGAUGGAUUAUCAAUGUCCAAAGCUGAAGAACGAAUUGUGGUGGGCUGAUGUUGAAGGAUAUAUGACUGCCGAAGAGGACUGUGAGUUUGAAUUCGGCUUAGGAGUAUAUGGAACUGCGAAUCUGUAUGUGGAUGGCAAACUAGUCAUUGACAAUACAACGAAACAGACCAGGGGAACCAUGUUUUUCUCGUGUGGUACAGUUGAAGAGCGAGGUGUUGUAUCACUGAAGAAGGGACAAACUUACCAUCUCAAAGUUGAGUUUGCCAGUUCACCAACUUGUAAGUUGGAUAAAGGGAAUAAUGUCCUAUUUGGUCCUGGUGCCAUACGAAUUGGUGGCGCCAAAAUCAUCGAUGCGGAUGUGGAAAUUGCGCAUGCAGCAGAACUUGCCAAAGAAGCCGAUCAAGUAAUCAUUUGCGCUGGUCUAAACGCUGACUGGGAAGGCGAAGGAGCCGAUCGGGAGAUGUUCGGUCUUCCAUUGCACAUGAAUAAAUUGAUCUCGACCCUCACCCCCCUCAACCCCAACACAGUCGUUGUAAUUCAAUCUGGCACUCCGGUCGCCCUCCCUUUUCUAUCUACAACUCCCGCUCUUCUUCAAGCCUGGUAUGGAGGCAAUGAGACCGGCAAUGCUAUCGCUGAUGUCAUUUUCGGCAAAACUAAUCCCUCGGCAAAAUUACCAUUAUCAUUCCCAAAGAGAAUUGAAGAUAACCCAGCUUUUUUGAGUUUUAGAUCUGAGAGGGGUAGAGUUAUCUAUGGUGAAGACAUUUACAUGGGCUAUAGAUGGUAUGAGGCACUAAAUUUACCUGUUCUGUUCCCCUUCGGUCAUGGACUUAGCUAUACCACAUUCGCAAUAUCUGAUCUGAAUGUCGAGAAAAUCAACAAGAAGGUUAAGAUCUCAGUGAAAGUGAAGAAUACAGGAGAAGUCUCAGGAGCAGAGGUCGUUCAAGUUUAUAUCCAGCAACAAAAUCCAUCUAUCCGCAGGCCAAAUAAAGAAUUGAAGGGAUUCGAGAAAGUAUUCCUGGAGGCUGGAGAGGAGAAGAGAGUGGAAGUUGAGAUUGAAGUUAAAUAUGCGGCAGCGUUUUGGGAUGAAGUCAGAGAGGCUUGGGUUGUGGAGAAGGAUGCAUACGAUGUUCUUGUAGGUAAUACCAGCGAGUUGACUGGAGAUUUAAAGGCAGCGUUUGAGGUGGAGAGAACGGAAUGGUGGAAUGGUUUGUAG